AUGGGCCAGAGCGAAUCGAAGCGCAAGAAAGGCGGUGACUGGGAAGGAAAGGUGUAUUUUGAUCCAGAGAGUGACAAGGGCCAGGGGCCAACUUAUUCCUUGUCAGAUUCAGAGCUGCGGGACCAACUCCUGGGAAUGGAAUGCGGUGGAGGUUCCCAGUCCUUGAGGGUGUACUUUUCUUUUGAAGCAGCUUCCGUCAAUUGUUGUAUGAAGGACGAAGCUACGAGCUGCGAAUUGCCUUUGGAAAGUUUAGACAGAGCCGUGAAUCGCACCUACAUCUGGGGAUCCUGUGCGGUGAGCCGCAUAUCCGUCUACUUCUUACCUGCGACUUCCUCCUGUGGUCAACUGGGAGGCCGACUCGUCAACAGCCGGUGUUCAGGGGUCCGCACAAAAGCGGAAUCAACCCCCAACAAAAAUUUGAAAAGUUCCACUGUAAAAGUAAUCCAAAACUGCGCAAAGAUCCAAGAGUCGAACUCUUUCAUGUAUAAUCUCAUCGACUGCGACGAGGAAAUCAGGGAGAUUCGAAUCUAUGGAGAAAAACUAUUCGCCUGGCAGUUAACGGCUUUUCUCAUGUACCACUCCUACGUGGUGCUCGAAACGAACCAGUGGUGGUGGUCCUUGGAGAAGAACGGAGAAGGUAUCACUAUUCAGCGAAGUAAGCAGUUUGAUUACGUCAAGAGAAAAUAUCGUAGGAAGGAGAGAAAUGGAAAUUGGUUGAUCGAAUCUGACACUGGCAGGAUGACCAUGAAGAGCUUGGUUGAUUGGUUGUAUGAGAAUGAUGAGCUAAAUCGACGGUAUGACGUCGGAGAUAACGAUAAAAAUUGCAAAGGAUUUGCGAAAAGGGUUUUCGAUAAAUUCGCGCAAUCGAAAUACUGGAGCUGA